AUGAAUAGUUUAGCUAUAUGCUAUGAAAAUGGAGAAGGAACAGAAAAGAAUUUAGGAAAAGCCUUUCAUUGGUAUAAAAAAGCAGCAGAAAAUGGUUACACUUAUGCAAUGUUUAAUUUAGCCAUAUGUUAUAAAAAUGGAGAAGGAACAGAAAAGAAUUUAGAAAAAGCCUUUCAUUGGUAUCAAAAAGCAGCAGAAAAAGAUCAUAUUAAAGCAAUGAAUAGUUUAGCCAUAUCCAAUAGAUAUAGAAAUGGAAAAGGAACAGAAAAGGAUUUAGAAAAAGCCUUUCAUUGGUAUCAAAAAGCAGCAGAAAAAGAUCAUAUUGAAGCAAUGAAUAAUUUAGCCAAUAGAUAUAGAAAUGGAGAAGGAACAGAAAAGGAUUUAGAAAAAGCUUUUCAUUGGUAUCAAAAAGCAGCAGAAAAAGAUCAUAUUAAAGCAAUGUUUAAAUUAGCUAUAUGCUAUGAAAAUGGAGAAGGAACAGAAAAGGAUUUAGUAAAAGCCAUUCAUUGGUAUCAAAAAGUAGCAGAAAAUGGUGAAGAAAAAGCAAUGUUUAAUUUAGCCAUAUGUUAUAUAGAAGGAGAAGAGGUAGAAAAGAAUAUUUUUAAGGCCUUGCAUUGGAUCCAAAAAGCAGCUGAAAGA